UAUUCAAUUGUUGCUGCAUAAGCAGCCGGGUCUUUGUCGCGAGUGGUCGAUAUUUACGGACAAAUCAGCUUAAAACGUCGCAGCUGAACAAAGUGCAGAGCGGAGUAGAUCGCAACAGCAAAUACUAUGUAUCUACCUGUUUUAGAAUCUGUGCAUUUUCAGUUUGUCGCGUAUAUUUGGCUUCGGCAUUUCUGUUGAUAUUUAAUGCGCUUGUACUGCCAUAGUCUUAUGAGAGGUGCUUGCUGUAAGAAAACGAAUGCUGGAAGAAAAAGCUAUACAGAGCUCACGACAAACUCAGUUCAACAACUUACAAAGGUCUUUCAAAACGCAACAUACAUAGUUAUUCUAAUUGAAAUGCAUUAAACGUUUUAUUUGAAACAAACAAUAGUUUAAGUUACAGUAUCUGUUUCCAUUCAUUGGGAUUAAUAAAUAAAAUGGAUACUGGCGCCGGUUCUUCGGGAUCCAAUCAGCUAGCUUUGCCAAAUAACAAUUUUCGCCAUGACUUACAACAGGGUGAUCGAUCGACGUGGGAGUAUCACACGGUUUCUGUAACACGUGUUCCGGGAUAUGGAUUUGGUAUAGCCGUUUCAGGCGGGCGCGAUAACCCACAUUUCGCAAAUGGAGACCCCUCAAUUGCUGUAAGCGACGUUUUAAAGGGUGGCCCAGCCGAGGAUCGUUUACAGUGA